GUAGAGUGUAAAAAGUGCAAGCAAAACGAACACUAAAUACUAUUCUAUUUAUGUCAACAAAUCACUAAUGUUAAAUGCGUUAAAAAGGACUGUUCAUAUAAAACGUAUUGCAUUUUGUAUAAUGAAUGUAUUAGAACCAGAAUUAAUUUGGGUUAAUGGACACUGCUAUAGAUUUUAUGAAAGUAGUGCCUGGAAAAAUAUUGAUACAUCAGUUCCCUACAUGGAGGACAGAGAAUCAGUUUGUUCAGAUGAGGAAUCUGAAAUUAAUAUAGAAAUAGUACCUCACAAUGGGCGCUUCAAACAUACCUUCUAUGUACCCAAAGUAUACUAUUCGUAUAUAAUUGGUGCAAAAGGUAUGACACAUAAAAAAUUGGAAAAUGAGACAAAAGCAACUAUAGAUGUACCAAAAAAGGGAAAAAAUGGAAAUAUCGUUAUUACUGCAUCAGAUCGUAAAGCUGUAGUAGCUGCAAGACAUAGAAUUGACUUACUAAUGGAAACUUCAAGAAAGAAAAUACCUUAUACACAUUUUUUAUCUAUUCCAUUGAAUAAAAAGGAAAUAAUGGAUAAUUAUAAUUCUUUUAAGAAUGAUGUAUUGGAAAAGUAUGACAAAACUACAUACAAUAUUGAUAAAUCACUUUUCCAAACACCAUCUAAGUUACAUCUCACUAUUGGAAUGCUCAAAUUACUUGAUGAUAAUGAAAAAAAACAAGCUAUUGAUGCUCUCAUGAAUUGUAAAGAGAAAAUCAUAGAUCCUUUUCUUGGAGAAACUGAGCCAAUAAAUAUACAAUUACAAGGGGUCGCAUGUAUGAAUGAUGAUCCCACUGAAGUUAAAGUUUUAUUUGCACAAGUCGUGCAGCAUAAAAAAUUACAAGAACUUGUGGAUAAAAUUGCUGAUUAUUUUAUCGAUAUAGGUUUGAAGGAGAAAGAAUAUGAAACAAUAAAAUUACAUGCUACUCUAAUGAAUACAUCAUUCAAACAAGAUUACCAAGCAAGAUUUAAAGAAAAAUUUAAUGCAAGUGAAAUCUUAAAAGUUUAUAAAAAUACGUUAUUUGGCAAAACUAUAUUUAAUCAAAUUGAUAUAUCUGAACUUCAUACUGCUACUAAGGAUGUUGCAUAUGCUGUGACAGAAUCUGACAUCAUGGAAAUCAACGAUGGGAUUUCAACAAUAUUUUGUUCAGAACACACUUUACAAAUGAAUGGCACUUUUAAUGCUUUUCAAAUGACUCAACGACCAGAAAUAACAUCUAAACGAAAGCAUUUAAGGUUAAAAAAAAGCAUGAGUUUGCCAGAUGAUACAUUAGAAUAUUGGGGAUUUUAUUUACUGAAAGGUGCAACUGUAACACUCUCUGUGUGUUCAAGGUUUCCAGGAGCCUCUAUAUUAGUGGUAAAAGGAGAAAGAAAUCUACAUACUUGUGGUUUGUUAGAACACAAUAUCAAUAAGGAGCAAGCACCAAAUAUCUAUUUACCAGGUGCAAAUAAACAGGUUAAAGUAAUAUAUGAAUCAAAUGCACAAGAAAUUAAUUCUAAAGAACCAACUAUGGUUGAGCCUCUUAAUAUACGAACUACCAAUAUACACAUAUCAAAUGUAAGCUCUGAAAAUCCUAUGGAUGGGAAUGAGAAGGUUCUUAUAAAUUACAAUAAUAAUAAUAAUACAUUAUCGCAUAAGUUUGACGAAAAUUUGAAAGAUAUAGAGAUAUUAUAUAAUACUGCAGCAUCUUAUAUCAAAAAACAUAUAGAUGAUCAAGAAAGCAUAAAUAGCACUAGAACAUUAAGACAUCUUAGACGUAAGAUGAGAAAGAACAAAAAGAAAAAAAUGAGACAAAAUAAAAAAUAUAUAAAAGAUCAAGAUAGAAAAUUGCACAUACAAAAAUUAAAACAAGAAUUGCAUUCUGAUAAAAUUGAUGAAAAAGAAAUGGUUGGACAGGAAAUAAAAAAUGAGAUGGGCAUCAAAAGAUUUAAAAGAAAUCGAGAACUUAUAAAGCCACCAUCUUUAUUAGAUCAAGGCAUCAGGCAUGGUGGAAAUGCUAAUAAAAAUUUCACAUCUAGUUCUAACGAAGAUUCAUCUGUUUCCAGUUUUGAAAGUAGCUUAUUCAGUUGUUAUGGAGGAGCGAUAUUGUUAACUCAUGAAUUUGAACCUUCAAAUCAGUGUACUAAUAUUUCUUAUUUGCUCAGUAGUAAACACGCACAAGCAAACCAUCAUGUACAAGAAGAUGGUUACUAUUAUUACAUUUUCUAUAGCGAUAACGAUAUUGUGUCCAAUGAUAUUCAUGCGAUUUUUGAUAUAUAUAAGCCAACUUUUCAAUACGAAAAUGUGUCUAAAUCAUGUAUAAAUGCAGCUGAAUGCUCAUUUACUUUAAAUCCAUUGUCAGCAGAUAGAAUAAUUGUUGAAAUACCAACUAAGGAUGGUAUAGAACUUAAUGAGAUAGAUGAUACUAAUAUAUUAAUUUCUAUUUGCCAGCCACGGAUGGGUGCAUAUAUAUUUUUUCCAAUUGCGAUGUUAGUUUCAGUUCUUGCUUGUGCUUUUAUAUAAAUAUGGAUGGAUCUCUGAUUUUAAAGGUAUCUUCAUAAAAAAUGUAGAAAUUUUUUAUAAUUAAGAAAUG